UUAUAGGAAAUGGCAGCAGGAUGACUUCAGUGUAUGGGUCACUGAAAAUGGAAAUGCACCAAAUAAGAAAAGUGAAGACAGAACAAAAGGCUCCUCUCUCUUUGUCUUUUCAUUUUUUCCCCCCAAAGGUACACGGAAAGAGCUAUUUUCGUGUUGAAGACUACAUUCCAGCAAGCCGAAUAGAGAAAAUGACCCUGGCCUAUGUACAGCGAGAGCUUGCUAAACUACACCGUAUGAAUCGCUCCCUAUUUGAGGACGAAGCUGAACUAGAAUUUUUGAAGGUGACUCAGCAGCUUCCUGAAUAUGGAGUGCUAUUCUAUCGUGUGUCCCAAGAGAAGAAAGGAGCAGAAGGGGAUAUCAUCCUGGGAAUCUGUGCCAAAGGCAUCAUUGUAUAUGAGGUCAAAAAUCACACAAGAAUUGCCAGUUUAAGAUUCCAGUGGCGUGAAACAGAAAGAAUUUCAGCUCAUAGAAAAAAAUUCAUGAUUGAAAGUAGCUUCAGUGGCAAGAAACACACAUUCAUUACUGAUACAGCAAAGACAUGUAAAUAUCUACUGGACCUCUGCUCAGCCCAACACAAAUUCAAUGCACAGAUGAACUCUAGGCAACUUCAUCAAACUUCAUCAGAGGAAAGUAAAUUUAUGGAAAUAGACAAAUCAAACUCUGCAUAUGCAGCUCAGCAUGAACACCUUGCCCUGAUUCAGAGACUGUCUCGUUCAGAGAAUGUGCUUUAUGGGGCAAACCUGGAAAACCUUUCUGCUGGGAUGAUGAGCAAGUCUUGUGAUAACCUCAGCAUGGAAACCAGGAACAGGACUAGAGACAAAAGCAAUCUUGCCAGAUCCACAUCAGGGCUAUCCCAGUCAGAAAUGCACAUCAAUUUGAAUGGAAAACAAAGGAGUUAUGACUACCUCUCUAUCCACUCAACUCAGAACACAAUCAGUGCACCUGGAUCACCAGCCAUCCAAAAAGAAGUUUUACUAAGCAGUCUAGAAAGAGAAAUCAUUUGUGUCAGCCUAAAACGUGACCCUAAGAAUGGCUUUGGGGGACGACUCAUCUCUGUGAAUAAUAUUAGUCUUGAAGGUGUUUCAUUCAAUACUGCAGUUAAAAUUAUACAGAAUUCUCCUGAUGAAGUGGAGCUGAUCAUCUCUCAACCCAAAGACAUAUACGAAGAAGGAUUAAAUGAAGAAAAGAGUCUAUCAAGGGGAAACAGCACUAGUGGAUCUGAGAUCUCUUGUGCAGACAGUGGGAGAAAAAAGAUUCAAGAUUGUCAUACAGCUCUCCCCAAAGAAAAGGACCCAAAUAUAGAUGAACUUGAGAAGGCUCUUUCCUGGAGUUUAGCACCAAAAUUGGGCCCCAGGACUCCAGUUCUUUCAUCUGAUAGCCUGGAUGUGGAGGGUGGAAUUAACACUAGUGUGCCUCUUGGUGGGAUAUAUGUGAAGUCAAUCAUUCCCAGGGGACCAGCAGAUAAGGACGGACAAAUAAAGAUAGGUGAUCGUCUGCUGGAAGUAGAUGGAAUCAGCCUCUGUGGCCUCACGCACAAGCAGGCUGUGGAAAACCUUAAGAAAUCUGGCCAGAUUGCCAAGCUGGUUCUAGAAAGGGGACACCACCCACCGGCAGAGCCAUGCCUGAGUGCUAAUGACAGAAAGGAAGACCAAUGUGCAGUUGUUUCUGUAGCAACAUCCUUCACAGACGGUACCAAGGACUACUGCUUUUUGACAGAUGACAAUAUAUUUGAAGUCAAUUUGACAAAGAAUUCUGGAGGCCUUGGCUUUAGUGUUCUGCAAAUGGAAGGAGAUGGUUGUGAACACCUCGGAGGAGCUAUUGUCAGGAUCAAAAGACUGUUUCCAGGGCAGCCAGCUGAAGAGAAUGGAGAAAUUGAAGUUGGAGACAUCAUUUUAGCUGUGAAUGGGACACCUACUCAAGGACUCUUGUAUCAGGAUGUCCUGCACUUGUUGAGAGGAGCUCCACCAGAAGUCACACUACUUCUCUGCAGACCACCAAAAGGUGUUCUUCCAGAAAUAGAGCAGAGUGUCCUGACUCCAGCACCAUCUCCAGUUAAGGAGUUUGUGGCAGAAAUGCCUGGCAGUCCAGAGGUAGGAAAUAGUUUGGACCGGUCUACCAGUGAUGGAGGUAGCACCUCUCCAGACCUCGAAGAUUGUUUGGAUUCUCCAGUGGCAGCAGAUUUCAGUGAGCCUCCAGAAGAAGACAGCUCAACUUACGAAGAGCAAGAAGCAGAAUCUCAAGAUAAGCCCAUACAGAGACUUAUGCCUCCUAGGGAAAGUUCUUAUAAGGACCUUUGGAAAUAUCAUCAAGAAGCUGCCAGUUCUGAAGUGUUCCACUCCCUGGAGGAAGAAGUGAAGCAGAACUGCUACUCACCAUGUGAACUUGGAUGUGCUGAAAGCCCUGUAUUUAAUAAGGGUGAUGAUGACCUGUCGAACAGAAUCUGUAUGCCUGAAAUUCUCUCUCUAACCCCUAUUGAUGAAGAGCAUCUCGCCAUCAGCUCAACAUCUGUGACCUCACUUUCACGUGGAGGAAGCUCUGAGACACUCUCCGCAGUCUUGGUGACACCACAACCACGUGUUUGUGGCCCUUUCUCCUCAUCCCUGCCUGCUAGAGAGACACAUGGCAGUGACAAUGAAUGGGAAGACUUGGAGGAACCAGAGGAAGAGAAGGACAAAAAGGAGGAUUGCACUAGGGAAAUGGAGGUCUUUGUGACUUUGACAAGGUCAGAGAACAAUGGUUAUGGAUUCUCAGUGGUUCUUAACAAAGUGGACAACUGUCUGUAUGUUGAUGAAAUCUUGCAUGAGCCUGCCCUGUCUGAUGGAAGGCUGAGAAGGGGAGACAGAAUCAUUAUGGUGAAUGGAAUCAGUGUCACAUCUUUACCAUGCAAUGAAGCUCUGACUUUACUGCACAACUCUCCUCCCGAUCUGCACCUUGUGGUUGGCCGUGCUGGCAGCGAUCCGUGUCCUGCUGUUAGGCCAGAUGACAUUCCUGAAAUUACUCUCACAAAAGGUGCCAACGGACAGCUAGGCUUGAAGCUGACAGGAGGAGCUGGAAGCAAGUUACAAGGUAUUUAUGUGCUAGAGAUAGUGCCUGGCUCCCCUGCCAGUGUGGAAGGCAGUCUGCAGCCACAAGAUCAGAUUCUGUACAUCUGUGGGCUGUGGACUGAGGGCAUCAGCCUGGAUGAUGCAGUGAGAGUGUGUGAAGCUGCCACCCAGAAUGUCCAAAUCAAAGCAACAAGAAAUGGCAAUCCAGUGGUUCCUAUAGAGCAAGAAAAUACAUCAAUACUGGAUAUUGAUGCUUUGUUUCACAAUCUAAGCACAGAGUUUACAUUCCCUUGGAUAUAUGAAGCUGAGCAGGAGGUCUGUCCGAACAAACCUACAUGUAUGUUUUUAGGGCCACCUGCUGAGACAGAAAAAGCCAAUAUUUCUCUCUCAAAUGAAAACCUGAACUCUCAAGAACAGCAACUACCACAUCAACACGAGGAACAUCUGAAGGAAACAAACUGUGGUACUCAGCAAAGCACUCCCAACCCUCCAGAAUGCAAGGCAAGUGACAAUUUUAUCAAGUGCAAGGUGGUCCAUCAAGAUUUAGUUAUUAAGAUUGAAUUGGAAAAAGCAGAAAAUGGAAGCCUAGGAUUUGCACUGGUAGGCGGCAGAAAUGGCAGGGCUAUCCUAAUAAAAGCCAUCAGUCCAGACAGCAUUGCAGAUCUGGAUGGGAGGCUGCAAGUCGGUGACAUCUUACUUAAGGUGAAUGACACUUUAGUGUCUGGUCUACCACGCCAAACUGUUAUAGAUUUGCUGCGCAAGGCUCGAGGCACUGUUCAACUCACUGUUUGCCGAAGCAUGGCUUCACGUGCGGCUUAUGCAGGCAACCAGAGCAAUAAUGUACCUUCCCCUCCAAACACAAAAGCAGAGCCCAAUGACAACAGUUCUGAGAGAAGCCUAGGAGCACAGUCUGUUUGCACUUUCAAGGAAGAAGAAUCCAGCCAGAUGUGCAGCAAGGGUCCAGAAAGCAUGCACGGUUUCCCUCUGCAAGGUCAAUUGGAUGGACAAGACUAUCAGGAUAUCAUCAGUAACACUUCGGACAGAUCACAGAAAUAUGCAGGAUGCGAAGGUUGCAGAAGACAGAGUCAGCAGUCUGAGUCAGACAGCUGGAACAAUGAAGAUGAUGAUAUGCCCCACAGGAUUUCCAUCCUACCUAGAAGCAGAGCCUUCGUUUCUGAAGAUGAACUGAUUCACUUAAUUAAUUUUAAACCAUCACUGACAGGAGUAUGUCCGAGGACUGGCAUUAGAGGUCUUAUUCGAGGCCUUCAGUCACAGAUUGAGAAUCAAGAGGUGUUCAAAGAGUUCAUGGCUUUAGAACAUGUGAAACCAACAGAUGACUGCAGAAUUGGCAAAGCACAAGAAAACAGGGAUAAAAACAGAUAUCAGGAUAUUCUUCCAUAUGAUAAGACACGAGUUCCUCUGGGAGAAAACAAUGGCUACAUUAAUGCAAGUUAUAUUAGAAUGAAAGUUGGAGAAGAGGAACAUUUCUAUAUUAUAACCCAAGGGCCUUUGCCUUCCACCAUGGCGGAUUUCUGGCAGAUGGUUUGGGAGAGUGAGUCAGAUGUGAUUGCCAUGAUGAUGAAAGAAGCAGAGCUAGGAAAAGUGAAAUGCCAUCGAUACUGGCCUGAACCUCCACAUGACUCCAUAGACUUGGCUAACUUCCAUCUCAGGCUAGACAGUUACCAGAUUCUGGAAUACUUCGUAGUUAGAAUAAUAGAAAUGAUCAACAAGCAGACAGAAGAAAAGCGAAUUAUAAGGCAUUUGCAGUUUACCACUUGGCCAGACCAUAGUACUCCCAAACUGGCUGAGCAGCUUGUAAAAUUUAUUUGCUACAUGAGAAAAGCUCACAGGACAGGACCUAUUGUUGCUCACUGUAGUACUGGGAUUGGAAGAAGUGGAGUUUUGCUGUGUGUUGAAAUUCUGCUGAGCUAUAUAGAAAAAGAUCUAUGUUUCAACAUUAAGCACAUAGUGAGAGAUUUGAGAGAGCAGCGUUUUGGCAUGAUCCAAACUAAGGAUCAGUAUCUAUUCUGUUAUGAAUUUGUUCUGGAAGUCCUUCAGAAACUUCAAGCAAUGGAUUCCUAUUGACUGCAACAUGUCUCUUCCCUGUUGUUAUCCCCCUUGGACUCCAGGGGCCACUCAGCAAUUGCUUUAAAGGAACGUCAAGCCAGCACAGACAAGUGUUAUACAACAUGCUCUGUCAGAUUGCUCUGAUUUCUAAGAAAUUUAAAAACCUUGCUUAACAUCCCCUUGUCAUCACUCCAGCACAUGAAUUUAUACCACCAUCACUGGACAUCUUAAAUCAAGAAACUGACAGAAAAAUAGGAUGCCUUUAACCCUUAGCUAUUUGUCUUCAAAGCAACAAGAGAGUUCUAAUAACUGGACGGGAUAAUAAUAUUUUCCAGCAAUAUGAGCAGCUGUAGGUAAGGUCAGUAUUCUUCUAUUCCAAAUCCAUGUAAAAAGGAAUGCAAUACAAAACCAAAUGAAAUGACUGUGUGUGUCUUGUGGCACACAUACAUUUCGUCUUCCAUUGAACCUUUCCAUUGAUUGACUAUCUUGUAAUUCUCACCUAGGAACUGAUCAAAUCUAUGGGAAGUUCCAUUGGCUUCUUUAAAUUAGAGUAAAUAACUCUCUGUACAGAUUAUCACUCUUGUAAAAAGUGUUUUUGUUAGUGUGAGUUUGAAUUUGAGCAGAAAUCUACUGUCCAUGUUUGUAAGAUUGUAGCUGUUUUCUGUGUGAGUACUUCUAAUUCCUUUAUCUAGAAGGUGGUGUAUAUGGAAGCAGAAUUUUUAGAUGUGCAUUGGGAGAGUAAUUUUAAAACACAAGAAAUUAUAACUGCACUUAUUUAACUGAGUUGUACAUAUUUUAAAACUUCCUUGAUUUCAGGAGGUAUUAAGAAGCAUUUGAUUAUAAAAUUGCAGUAGAAACAAGACAAUAAAAUAGCUGUUUAUUUUCAUUAUGGAUGAGAGAUUUAUGUUCAGAAAGAAUGAGGAAUUAAACAAAUUAAAAGUAUGGCUUUUGGAAAAAGCCAUUGUAACACAAUUGUAAUAAAGGCCCAGAGCCAUGUUUUGCUUUCUGCCCUCAUACAGUCCGUUGGAAGUGAGGAAAAGAUAUAAAUGGGAUUUACGAUGUAAGCCAGACGCAAAUUUCAAACAUACUGAUAGAGAUCCAGAGUAACUUUAAAUCAGUGGAAUAAACCUGGACCUAUAUCCGUAUACAUAUAAGCAGAAUUUAAUGUUUUGUCUUAAAUUAACUGAAUUUGAGCCUUCUAAGAAGCAUUACUCUCCACACGUUCUGAAUACACUAUAUUUAUAUUACAUAUAGAGGAUUAUUUGCACAAUUUUGUCCAGCAUCUUCAGCCAAAUUUUUAUUCAUAAUGUUAUUACCUCCAUUUGCUAUUUGGCCUUUCAUUUUGGUUUUGAUUACUGUACAUGUACUUCUGUGCAAGAUGACACUGCACACAAAUGCACAAUUCACUUUUUGUACCACAGCAACUUUAAAAAGCUUCUCAGUAAAAAUGUUUCUGUAAUUCUUGCAAAGUUGUCUUUUCUGUAGUACAGAAUUCUGGAUUUAGCAGACAAUCUUUAUGGCACUAUUUGUUACUCCACAUUUGUGCAUC